CAGUUGGGAGAAAGUCCAUAGACUCCUCCAAGAUGCUUGUGGUCCUGCUCACAGCAGCCUUGCUGGCUCUGAGCUCAGCUCAGGGCACGGAUGAAGAGGUCAACAAUGCUGAGACCAGUGAUGUACCAGCAGAUUCUGAACAACAACCCGUGGACUCGGGUUCAGAUCCACCUUCUGCUGAUGCAGAUGCAGAGAAUGUUCAAGAGGGUGAAUCAGCCCCACCAGCAAAUGAAGAGCCUCCUGCCACCUCUGGGAGUGAAGAGGAACAGCAGCAGCAGGAACCCACACAGGCAGAGAAUCAAGAGCCUCCUGCCACCUCUGGGAGUGAAGAGGAACAGCAGCAGCAGGAACCCACACAGGCAGAGAAUCAAGAGCCUCCUGCCACCUCUGGGAGUGAAGAGGAACAGCAGCAGCAGGAACCCACACAGGCAGAGAAUCAAGAGCCUCCUGCCACCUCUGGGAGUGAAGAGGAACAGCAGCAGCAGGAAUCCACACAGGCAGAGAAUCAAGAGCCUUCUGACUCUGCUGGGGAAGGACAGGAAACUCAACCUGAGGAAGGAAAUGUAGAGUCACCUCCCUCUUCUCCUGAAAACUCACAAGAACAACCACAGCAAACAAAUCCAGAGGAGAAACCGCCUGCUCCUAAGACUCAGGAUGAACCACAGCACGACAGCGGUCGUCCAAAGAAGCCCCUCCUUCCUUUUAUCGCUAAUUUAAUACCAGAAAGAAUUCGGAAAUUAUUAGCUCGCAGUCCAUUAGCCAGAAGAUUUUAGAGAGUACCUGAGAAGAUUAUGACCUUCAGAUGUGUAGGUCAACAAAUCACUGUUGAUUGUCUAUAAUAUUCCAAUAAAAAUUUUCAGCAUGCAA